GGGUGAUUUCAUUCCACAGCUCAUACGUAGAAUGUUAUUAUAACUGGGACCAAAUCAAGCCCAAACUAUAAAACCCAAACCAUUUCCAAAGUGACUUGAGGACAAGCAGGAGAAGGGCAGGUGUCCUGUGGAGGCGCACAUGUUGUAAUGAGGUUUGCGUCCAGAGCGUGGCUCCCUUUCUUCGCGCAGCGCACGGAGCAGCCGUGUGGCCGCUGUCAUCCAGCUCUGUUGUGUUGGAGUAAACACAAACUCCUCCUUCCCGCUGACAGGCGACAACGCUGAAACGCCGCCUCGUCUUUUCCAAGACAGUCUGCGCUCAGGACUAAACGCUUAAGCCGUCAAGGUGGUGAGCAGCAUCCCUCUAAGGCUUGCAGUGCUGCUUCACAAAUUCUUGGUGAGCCGCUGCUGGAAGUGAAACACUGAGGCCAGUCACUCUCCUCCGCCCGGAUCCAGGGAGCAUCCAUCCACACUGGGCUGUGGGAGCUGACCUUUCCCUCGCUACCUCCACCAUCUGUCCAACCUCCCACUGAAGAUGAUGACAGCAAUGUGACGAAUGUACUAAGUCUUCACCAUGUGACCUGCUAUUAUGGAUCUAAGAAUUGGCAUACAUUGAAUCAACACUCAUCAAGUCACAAUGGUCCCACUACUGUUUUUGGUGGUAACCACAACAUCACCUAAUUCCAGUAGCAAUAGCAACCAUACACAAGAAGAUGCAACAUCCCACAGCCACCACAUCCUCCCCACCAUGCUGGUCCUGUCCCUGCUGCUGCUCGUCAUCGCGCUAUUAGCCUGGUACUUCCUCAGGUUAAAAGGCCAGAAAAAACCUGUUGUCACAGCAGUUGACAAGAAAAUACUGAAUGGCAUCCUGGAGGAGCAAGAACAACAGACGGUGGUCCUUCUGCCCAGAUCCCCUUCAGCCCCCAAGACCUACCUCCCCAUCCCGGUGGACCACCUCGAGGAGGAGUACAGGCUCCGCUCAGCUGAUGAUGGCAAGCUCUUCAGGGAGGAGUACAACUCCUUGCCAGGAGCCAACGCCCAUGGGACGUAUGAGGAGGCUAACAAGGACGACAACAAGGAGAAGAACAGAUACCCCAACAUUCUUCCCUAUGACCAUUCCAGAGUGGUGUUGACUCAGCUGGAUGGAAAUCCCUGUUCAGACUAUGUGAAUGCUUCUUACAUUGAUGGUUACACAGAAAAGAACAAAUUUAUAGCAGCACAAGGCCCAAAAGAAGACACUGUAGCAGAUUUCUGGAGGAUGAUAUGGGAGCAGAAAGUAGCGACUGUUGUCAUGCUGACAAACCUGAAAGAAAGAAAAGAAGACAAGUGUUGCCAGUACUGGCCAGACCAGGGCUGUUGGACCUAUGGGAAUGUCCGGGUGGCGGUAGAAGACUUCACUGUCCUGGUGGACUACACCAUACGCAAGUUCUGUGUACAAUAUCAAGCUAGCGAUGCUGCCAAGACUCCCCGGCUAGUGACCCAGCUCCACUUCACCAGUUGGCCUGAUUUCGGAGUUCCCUUCUCCCCCAUCGGCAUGCUCAAGUUCCUCAAAAAGGGCAAGGCGGUGAAUCCACCCUUCUCUGGGCCUAUUGUGGUUCAUUGCAGCGCUGGUGUUGGGAGGACUGGAACCUUCAUUGUCAUAGAUGCCAUGAUUGACAUGAUGCAUGCGGAGCAGAAAGUUGAUGUGUUUGGGUUUGUCUCUAAGAUACGAGAACAGCGCUCACAGCUCAUCCAGACAGAUAUGCAGUACUCAUUCAUCUACCAGGCUCUGCUCGAAUACUACCUCUAUGGAGACACUGAGCUUGAUGUGUCAUCUUUGGAGGGACAUCUGCACAAACUGCACAACACCUUCACAGAGGGUGACCGGGUUGGCCUAGAAGAAGAGUUCAAGAAACUGACCAAUAUGCGAAUAAUGAAAGAGAACAUGAGAAUGGGGAACCUUCCUGCCAACAUGAAGAAGAACAGAGUCCUGCAAAUUAUUCCAUAUGACUUCAACAGAGUAAUUCUCUCCAUGAGAAGAGGUCAGGAGUUCACGGAUUACAUCAAUGCAUCUUUUAUAGAUGGCUACAGACAGAAGGACUACUUCAUUGCCACCCAGGGCCCUCUGCCACACACAGUGGAGGAUUUCUGGAGAAUGGUGUGGGAAUGGAAAUGUCACUCCAUUGUCAUGCUCACCGAGCUCCAAGAGAGGGAGCAGGACAAAUGUUGCCAAUAUUGGCCCACAGAGGAGUCAGACACCUAUGGAGACUACACCGUAGAGCUGAAGGGAGACACUUUGUGUGACACCUUCAGCCUACGGGACUUGGUACUCACAUUUACCCGGGAGAAGCAGACGAGGGUGAUCAGGCACUUCCACUUCCACGGCUGGCCAGAGAUUGGCAUCCCCGCCGAGGGGAAAGGCAUGAUCGACAUCAUCGCCUCAGUGCAGAGACAGCAGCAGCAGUCUGGGAACCAUCCCAUUGUCGUACACUGCAGUGCUGGUGCAGGGCGAACAGGUACAUUCAUCGCACUGAGCAAUAUCUUGGAACGCGUCAAGGCAGAAGGGCUGCUGGAUGUGUUCCAAACUGUCAAGAGUUUACGCAUGCAGAGGCCUCAUAUGGUCCAAACAGUGGAACAAUAUGACUUCUGCUACAGGGUGGUACAAGACUUUGUGGACAUUUUCUCAGACUAUGCCAAUUUUAAAUGACAAGAUUUGCCUUAAACAUGGUUUUUAAUAUUGUUUUCUAAAGCUGGUUUGUCAGUUUUAUUCUUUAACUUGGUCAAAUGAUCUAUUUUGCUAUGCACUUGUCCUACCAUUAACAAAUCCCAUCCUCGCUGUAAUAUUAGUCCGUGAAUGAACUGUAAGUAAAAAAAGAAUAAUGUAUAUUUCACAUUAUGUAUUAUUAUUUUGUCAUGAAUUGUUUAAAAUC